AUGUGCACAACUACACUGGCAUUAGAGUUGGCCCCACACGGCAUUCGUGUUAAUAGUGUUAGCAUAGGAAUUGUGCGAUCAUACGAAGCACAUCCCGAUCCCGUUGUUAUUAAAGCUUUUGAAAACGCCGCCAAAUAUACACCACUGGGAAGAGUGGGCACAACAGCCGAUGUCGCCAAAGGGGUGGUAUUCCUGUCCUCAUCGGACGCCUCGUUCAUAACGGGUCACAGUUUAGUCAUUGACGGCGGCAUUAAUUUGGAUUGGUUGCUGGCCAUAAAGGACCUGACCGUUAGGCCAACAGACAUAUGGAUAUGCGGUUACCAGAAAUCGGGCAACACUUGGCUCUCAGGGAUUGUGUCAUUAAUAAUGGCCGACGGAGUGGUCGACAGAGUGAAGGACGAGUACAUUAGGGAACGGGUGCCCAAUAUAUUCACUCCGACUACUUUGAGCAAAAUAUCGGGACUCAAACCACAAAGUGUUGAGUGGUUUGACGGCUUAAAAGAUCCGCGAAUUAUUAAUAGUCAUUUGGAUAUGAUUUACAUAAUGCGAAACCCAAAGGAUGUGUGCGUUUCGUACUAUUACUACCAGAAAAUGAUGAAACGGACGGACAUUGACUUUGAGGACACGUGUCAACUGUUUCUCGACGAAAAUUUAAUAAACGGCGAUUGGUUUCAACACUUAAGGGACUAUUGGCUCACUUAUGGCUUAAACCACCCGAACGUACUGUUCGUCGCGUACGAGGAGUUGUGCGCAGAUCUGCCGGCAAUGGUCCGCACAAUCGCCCGCUUUCUCGGCAAACACUUUGCCGACGAAACGGUGGACACAAUUGUCAGUCACACUAAGUUUGAGGCGAUGAAAGGAAACCCAAUUUAUAAUCAGUUUUAUUUGUUGGGCAAAAAUGCCCCACAAUUUGUGCGCAACGGCACUAUUGGCGACUGGAGGGCACACAUGACUGACCGACAGUCGGCACUCUUUGACGAGCGAUAUGGACAACGGUUGCGGGCGAUUGGGCUCCGGGUGUGCGACAACAUGGAGGCGGCCGAGCGCUGUAUGGCUACCACCGGACGUAUCAUUGAAUAG